AUGGUGGCUCUGUUGUGUCUGAUUAAGCAGGAGAGGAUGGCAAAGGAAAGACGUGUGGUGUCGGUGCCAAGCAACAGGGUGAGAGUGUCACCAUACCCGCUACGCUCGACAAGGACCAAGAAAGAGAAAGCACCUGAGGAGUCUCCAAUUGAGACAGAAGGCGCAAGCCAGUGGGAGGAAGUCCGGUGUGUGAUCUGCAUGGAGCCGCCGCACAAUGCCGUGCUCUUGCACUGCUCCUCCUCCUCAAAAGGGUGUCGUCCUUACAUGUGCGACACGAGCGGUCGACACUCCAACUGUUUCAAGCAGUACCGUAAGAACAGCAAGAACCGCUUGACCCCAAAGUCUCUGAACUGUCCUUUGUGCAGAGGAGAGGUUUAUGAGACGAUGAAGGUCAAGGGUGCGAGAAGGUUCAUGAAUGCUAAGCCGAGGUCUUGCACUGUCGAGGACUGUGACUUCUCGGGGACUUACACCCAGCUUGAUAACCAUUUGAAAACCGGGCAUACCGGUUUCACCCCACCAAGGGUGGACCCGGGGAGGCAGGCAAUGUGGGAACGGAUGGAGAGAGAGAGUGAGUACGAUGAGAUCUUGAGUGCACUUGGGAUGCAGCGUCAGCAGCAUCGGGUUCCUUUCACUCCCCCGACCCCGGUGAUUCAGUUCAGGAUCCGGAAUCUUACAGGUCCGAGUCAGGUAAGGAGUGGAUUUGCCGUGGCCAGCUUUAGAGGGGGUCUCAUGCCAAGCUUGCAGAUUCGAACCAUGGCCUUGUUUCCGGGACUUCCGUGA